AUGAAUUAUUAUAAAAAAAAGUUAGCAAUAAAAAAUGAUGAACAAUUAUCUCUUCCUCAAAUUUCUGAUAAUAGAUCAUUUAGUUUAAAUAAAGAGACCAGCUGCUCCAUUGAGCAUAAUCGCAAUUUGUACUUUUCUUUUAUAUAAUCUAAUCAAAAAUCAUAAGAUGUAUGUUAAAGGAAACCAUAACAUAUGAGAAAUAUUGAAAGAAAAAACUAAAUGCUUAAAUUAUAAUUGAAGAGGGUAUUUUUAUAUAUCAAAGAAAGGUCUCACCACCUCGUUUGCAGUAUGAAACUUUAGAAGAGAUAUAUUUUAUUAGAUACAAAAAAAUAACAUGAUCC